UUUGGAAAAGCGAAUCUUGUGCCAUGUGUUUUUUUUAUUGCAAGGGGUGGGGGCGUUCCCCUCUCUGCACAGCGGAGCCUGCGUUGGUUUCUGUUUUGAGAGCUGUUUGUGCGGAGAAGGUCAGAGGUGGUUCCCUUUCCCUCUCUUCCCCACCACCGCCAGAUCGGAGGGUCAUUAACCCUUUCUCCAUCUCGCUCUCUCUCUCUCUCUCUCUCUCUCUUUCUCUCUCACACAAGCCUCUGGAGGUCCCUGGGCGUUACGAACCGCCCCUCAGGCCAAAACGUUGUGCAACCAGAGCAGCCGCACCCUACGUGUGACUUUUCUUUAUCUGGUAAUGAACGCACUGAAAAUAGCAGCAGUGAAGCUUUCAACAAUGGGACUAAAAUACUGCUUUCUCAUCGUCCUUCUGAGCAGAGCUUCAGCUUCUGAUGAUGAUGAAGAAGAACCCAUAUUGGCCACCCCGGGGUACGAUAUGGUGGGCACGGUGGGUAAGGAGAUAGUCCUGGAAUGCCAGCUGUCGCCCCGGAAGGUGGCGGCCGACAUUGUGGUGCAAUGGUUCAGAUCCAGUCGCGAGCGUCCGGUCCAUUUGUACAGAGACGGGAGGGACCAGCUCCAAAGACAGGAUCCGGAUUACUUCCAGAGAACAAGCCUGUUCACAGCGUCGUUCACUGCCGGAAAAAUGUCCCUGUUGCUAAAGAACCUGACUGUGAAGGACGAGGGAACGUAUUAUUGCUCAGUGAACCAAUUCAACAAAACCCUGACUUCGCCUGUUACCCUGAAAAUUGGAGCCGUCGGCCAGCAGCCAUUUAUCAAACUGAUCGAUCUCAGCUCCGAGGAUGUGUUGCUGAAGUGUGUGUCUGAGAGGUGGCACCCAAAGCCCAGUGUGGAGUGGUUUGACGAGCAGACGAAUAAGUUACCAUUGCUGACUGAUGCUCCGAGGGUUGAGCGUUCGGACGAAGGUUUUUAUCGUGUGGAGAGAAUUAUUCGGCUGAAGAAAGACGCUCACCACAAAGUUGUGUGCGUCAUCAACAACCAACUCCUGAGAUCAGAGAAACACGUCGCCUUCCAAUUAUCAGAUCAAUUCCAAUACAGCAUCAAUGACAGGAAAGAUGACGGGAAUUUCAAGACGGCCUUUAUCGUUGUGCUUAUUGGUGGUUUAGCAACAGUAAUAGCACUAGCACUACUUCUUUGGCGUAGCCACAUUAGGCAAAAGAAAUUGCUUAAGCAAUGCAAAAGUAUAUUACGCUCGGACAGCGUAGUGGUUUCAUCAUACACACCUCACAACUGACAGCUUGUAUCUACAAAUACGUGGGGCCUCCUUGGACCUGAACUGGCCCCAAGGACCUGAACUGGCCCGCUCUACUCUUCUCCAUCUCCCCCAACCCCCACCACCACCCGUACCAUCCGAUGUCUGUCUCCCUUCCGCACAUCAAUGACCGGUCUAGAUCAGGUUGGUCUAACUGUUGGCCCGAGGCCCAAUGCGGCCCCCCGCCUCCAUUUCGUCCGGCCCACCCGCUCCCUCGAUAACCUGUAAAUGUUAAACGCUACGUUUCUGGAAGGGAAACACUUAUUGCUUAUGCGGCCAGCAGGUGAUUCUCGAACAGGGCAUCCGGCCCUCAGCAGCCAUUGGAUCUCCUUGGUCUAGACUGAUGCUCCAGCGCAGAGCUGGGAAGUGCGCUGCAUAUGUUUGAGUUGCCGUCCUUUGGACAAGCUAAGUCUAAGUCUGCACCAAAGAACCGAAUACAUCUUUGCCCCCGCUUUCGGUUGAAGGAUUCUGGUGAACUGUACUUCGCGUGAGGUAUCCAUAUAUUAACUCUUGCCAAGUUUUGGUUAGAUAGACUCUAUACAAUAGACACAAAAACUUCUUUAUAUUCCAUUCAAAUUCCUAUUCCGAUUUAGUUGCAUUUUCUCUGUAGUAGGAGCUUUCUUAAAAGACAACCGUACACCGCUCAACAUAAUUAACAUAGUCAGCUUUUGAAUGUGCAUCCGCCCUUCCAAAAUCUAACGCCUACUUUCUGUUUGUAAUGAGUUAACAAUUUUUUCAUGUGGUUUGUAUUGAGUUAACAAUUUUUGAAAUUCUAAUUAUGCAACAAUAUUGUCAUUUUUUAUUUUUGUACCGGGGUGGGGGGGGUGGGA